GGGAGAUGCUUCCAGUGGGAAGGCUAAAACCGAGUCACAGAUCGCGGCCGCCAUCUUGGCUCCAUGUGAGCUGUCUUCUUGGCCGUCAAGUAGAUAUUUUUCAUGAAGGUGACGGUGUCAGAAUAGGUGAGUUUAGGAGACAUGGCUUCGUUGCGUGUAGUGACGAGGAUGUUCUGUUCUGCAGCAGAAACAACGACACAAACGGCGGCAGCUCCGGUCAAAAGAAGCCGCUGGGAGGCUCUGAAAAACAGUAAAGCAGGUGUGUGGUGUCGCAGCCUGGCCUCAGACUAUAAGGAGGCCUGUAAGGAAGCUGUGCUCGGAGCCUGGGAGAAACCACUCAAAGCUACAGUCUACGUGACCCUGCUGGGCGGGGCCUCCGCCCGUUUCUACACAAGCCCCGACCGCUCCUCCCUUUAGGCAGCCCUGCUGGAGCGCUCCAACCAGCUGGGUCUCCUGUCUCCGUGGAUCAGGAACGCCACAUCAGACGGCCACGUGCAGACUCUGGUCAAGGUCCGUAACGAGGGGCGGCUACGCCACGCCAACCUUGGUCUGCUCUCUUUAGUUUACUGUGGCAACUAUGACCUCGACUGCGCUCUGUACGAGGCCCGGUGCUCUAAUCUGUCCACGCCUUGGUUGAAGUUUCCUGAGCGGCUGCUGGACGUCGGCUUCGCCGGUCGCUGGUGGAUCCUGGACUCUAAGAUGCAGGACUUUGAUGUGAACGAGGACGAGUACAAACAUCUGCCUGCUCACAUGCAGGCGACGUCACCACCCAGUGUUCAGGAAGUGGAGAGGAAUGAGAAGUUGCACAAAGAGUCGUGGCUACCGCUGUCGAUGGAGGAAGAGGAGAAGAAAGACGAGCAGAUGGUAAAUACCAAGGAGGAGGUUGUCAGUGAGGAGAACCAGGCUGAACAGUUACAGGAGGAGCAGACGGCAAAUUAACUGCUCAUGUAAAUAAACACUAGAACAUCGUUUUUGUCCAUAAUCCAGAUGUCUUACCUGAACCUUCUCUGAGUUUCCACCACUUCCACUGAACCAGGAAUCAACAAAACCUCAGAAACAGCCUGUCUUGGUGUUUUAUUUAUUUUUGGCCUGUUUUUGUUUUUGUACAGAAAAUAUUGCAUUUAUGAAACACAACAAAACCAAGUGCCAAUAAAUGUUUUAUUA